GCACGUGGUAUGUGACUAGUGACUAUUCAAGGAGCAGGAGAGUGUACAGUUCUGUAGUAGUUAUUGACAUUGAAGUUUAAGUUGUGUAAGAUUUCAGUGUAGAAGUCACACCAGCAAUCCUUUCUGUUCUGUUAUCAUUGACUUUUUUUAAAACUAAAGUUCGUGUUGUUCGGUUGUUCCAUCGUUAACCAUUUCAAAAUAAUAAAAUAAUCUUGAAUUUGAAUAGCAUUGAUGAAUAAUUGAAUAUAGUCGUCGUUUCCAGAAUUAAUUCUAGAUUAAAAAUCGAAUUCGACUUGUUUUAUUGAAAUGGAGACCGCUGAUAUUGAUUUAGAAGACAAAUACACGUAUCUUCCUCCAUUUCCAAAAUUAGAAGACCUGGCUAUUCUCACAGUAUCUUUGGAUUUGUGGAAUUAUUAUUAUUCUCAUUAUCACACGGAUUCUUGUGAUGAUGAACUCGAUGAGGUGAAUGAAAUCAUCAAUGAUAUGAACAUGCCAAACUGCAUUAAAGAAAAAAUUAUUGAGCUUUGUGAGACCAUUGACGACGAGUUAGGGUUUUAUCACAUUGUCGAUGAGGACAUUAUGAGGAUGUGCAACUCUCUUAGAAAUAAAAAACAUUUUUUUCUUUAUGGAGCUGUUUGGGACACAAAUGGCCAUAUCGACCACAAAAAAACUGCAGAGAAAGUUUUGAAGUGUCCUGAACGAUUGAAUGAUAACGAUUUAAUGUUUCGGAUCAUGGCCAAAUACUGCUUAGAAAAUUGUAUAAAGGAGUUUCCAUUGUCUUCGUUGAGUAAACAAUGUAGAAUUCGUUGUGGUGAGGGAGGUGGAAUAAUAAACUAUUGGAUCGAGUUCAAACGUAAUGAAAGCAAGGCUUCAGAUGCUUAUGUCAUACUCAACAGUCUGAUAGGUGAUACUCAUCUCUCCUGGUCUAUGUAUGUGUACGAAUACUUCUGGUAUUUCUUGGAUGAAAAUCAACAAGUGACUGUGAUAAAGGAUUUGAUUGAACAUGUAAGAAGUGACAAGAUGUUUUUUCUAUUCUCAAAAUUAAAUAUGCAUCAACUUAGACGUUUAUACUUGGAAGAGCCUGCUGCCAUUAUUAUAAAUUUUUAUUCAGACGAUAUCGAGCUGAUAAAUGCAGCAUGGGCACGUGUUCGUUCAACAAUCAAUGAGGAACAAUUCGAACACUUGAUUAAUGAGAUCUUGUACUUGGAAAUAUAUCGUCGCAAUGACAGCAACAUGCAGUGUUUGAUCGACUUAUGGAACAGUGCACCUGAUAAUUUGAUCAAUUACCUGAUAAAUGUAAAAAAUUGCGCAAUUAUUGACUACCUACUUUUUUCGGAGAAAUCUGGAGGAUGUAAGUUCCUUCAAAUUCGACUUUUUAAAAGUCAUUCUCCCUCGUGCAACGCUCGAAUUCAGAAAGCAAUUCUUUUUGGAUAAGGGACUAAAGUUGAUGUUGGCCUAUUCCGAUGUGUUCUGUUCGUUAAUCGAACAUAGUUUAGAUGUGACUGAUCAGAUGGAAAUCAAAAAAAUGAUGUUAAUUAAAGCAAUAGAAUCAGAAAAUACUGAACUUCUACGUCGUUUUCGUGAUUUAUUAUACUCCAGUGUAAAUGAAUUUUAUGAAUUUUUGGCAUUUUUCACCUUAGAACCGAAUUUACAGAUGCGAGUAAAAAAGCGUUUGCUGAGAUCUGGACUACUCAACAUCGUACAAUUGCCCAGAGUUGAUAAUUGGGCAAAAAUAUGCCAAUUUAUAGACGAAUUGUAUUCCAAUGAUGAAAAAGAAGCUCGUCGACAAAAAAAGAAAACUGUGAAUUCGUAUUUACAUUCUUGCUUCCAUUACGGGUAUUGCUUUCGACGAAACGGCGAUGAAAAGUUUACUGAAAUCGAAAAUCUCAUGACUCAAGUUCUUACUGCUGAAGAAAUCGCAACUACCAAAGAAAACAUAAUCGACUACUUUCAAUCAGUUUUUUGCCGCGAUACAUCGCAGCGUCCUGAUUUAUUUUCAAACAGAGUGAACAUUCCGAAACUUACUGCUUGGUGUUAUGAUGGUGAUGAGGAAAGAAUGACGCAAUUCAAACGUUCAUUUCCAAUCAAUAAAGCAUUUCGACAUUUUUUGCGUGAAGCUGUAGAACGAUACGUUAAUAAAAGAGACGCUGAUGUAUCAUUUUCUUCCUUAGAACAACUUUUGUGUUGGAAAUUCUCAUCAAAAAAAAAUAUUAAAAAAUUCAAAAGGAGGCAAAUACACGGUGUUAUGAGAAGUCAAUUAUUGUUCGAGCCCUAUAUAUGUAAAAAAGAAAGGUAUCCACGCAUAGUGAAGAAAAUUAUUGCGUGGAUUUUUGACGACAAUGAAUUCAAAGUUGAAGAAUUUGAACAACUUUACCAGAAAGAAGAUACAAUAAAAAUUAUUGAGUGGUUAUAUCCGAGAAGAGAUUGUUCUACAUGUAAUGAGCAUACUUAUCAUAGCAGCGAUGAAUCCGACUAAUAUAUUUUAUUAUGUAAUUAAUUUAUCGGUUUCGUGAUAAGAAUGUGAUUCAUUUUAGUUUAUUUCAAUUGAAAUUGUUUCGAUUUUUUUCUUCUUUUCUAUUUACGUAGUAUAGGUAUUUUGUUGUAUCAAUAUUAUUAAUGUUAAGUAUAGGUAGGUCAAUUAAAUUUUCAUUUUUUACAAUGU